UCACCUUCUCCCGGUAACAUAGUGCUCUCUCUCUCUUCUCUCUCUCACAUCCAUUUGUUUAACGUGGUAAAAAGUUUCAGAGUCUUUCUUCUUCUUCUUCUUCCUCUCUCUCUCUCUCUCUCUGAGUCACAAAGAAAGAACCAAGAGGAAGAAUGGGGAAAAGCGAAAAGGCAAAGGAGCGAAGAGAAAAGAGACGCCAAGAGAUUUCCCUCCUCAGGACCAUACCCUAUUCCGAUCACCAAAGGUGGUGGUCUGCAGAAACCAUUGCUGUAGUAACUGGGGGAAAUAGGGGAAUUGGGUUUGAGAUUUCUAGGCAGCUUGCAGGACAUGGGUUGACAGUCAUACUGACAUCCAGAGACACAAAUGUUGGGCUUGAAGCAGCAAAGGUCUUGCAAGAAGGUGGUCUUAAUGUUUUCUUCCAUCAACUUGAUGUUUUAGACCCUUUGUCUAUGAGUAAUUUUGCUGACUGGUUAAAGAAAAAUUAUGGUGGUUUGGAUAUUCUGAUAAAUAAUGCAGCUGUUAAUUUCAAUAUCGGAAAUGAAAAUUCUGUUGAACAUGCACGGACAGUUAUCGAAACAAAUUAUUAUGGAACCAAGAACAUGAUUAAAGCUAUGAUCCCAUUGAUGAAACCUUCUGCUGCUGGUUCUCGUAUUGUUAGUGUCAGCUCCAGAUUGGGUAGGAUACAUGGCAGAAGAAAUAGAGUUGAAGAUGUGACUAUAAGACAACAACUAAGUGAUAUAGACUCGCUUACCGAGGAAACGAUCGACCAGAUUGUAAAUAGUUUCGUACAGCAAGCAGAAGAUGGCACUUGGGAAUCAGGUGGCUGGCCUCAAACAUUCACUGACUAUUCACUAUCAAAACUUGCAGUUAAUGCUUAUACCAGGGUAAUGGCAAAGGUACUAUCUGAACGGCCAGAAGGCCAAAAGAUUUAUAUCAACUGCUACUGCCCGGGCUGGGUGAAGACUGCUAUGACAGGUUUUGCUGGGAAUAUCUCAGCUGAAGAAGGAGCUGAUACUGCUGUAUGGCUUGUGUUACUUCCGGAUCAGGCAAUAACAGGAAAGUUUUUUGCAGAGAGACGUGAAGUAAGAUUCUAGCAUUUGGUCUGGCUUAAGACUAGUAUGAAGUUUGGAGAAUCAAUUGUAUUGUUUUUCAUUUUUAACACAAGUAAAGAUUGUCCUAAAACAGCAGCAAUGGUAAAAGGUUGAGCCUCGUGGAUUCAUUCAAAAGAUGAGCCAGAUUAUACUAAUUUUUGGGAAUGGAGUUGGAAAUGAUGGAUUCCCAAUUUCUUUGAUCUCAAGAAAAAUGUUAUUUCAAGCACUUGAAAUCACACUCCAGCAGAAGUCAGCUUACUUUGAAGCAUCAGUUUUAGUUCCUACCAGCACAAGUGAUUGGGAAAUGAAGGCUAUAUUAUAUUUGUGGAGUCUUCCCUUCAGUGAUAUAAUGCCUUGGUUUGUUUUGCUCAGGCUUACCUGUGAAACGAAGUGAAUUUUCUUUUGUAUUUGAACAAUUUCUCUAUCAUGUUGGAAGAGCUAUCUUUUAACUUGUGAAGUUUCGAAGAAAAGUAGGUUCUAUUAGAUGCAAGGUCAUUGUUUCCGGAUUUUGUGAUUAACAAAGUUAAUAAUGGUAGGAAAAUCUAUUAUUUGUAGUUCGAUGGUUA